CCCACUGUUCUAUAAGAUCAUGGCUGAUCUGUCUGUAAACUCAGCUUCAUCUACCUGCCUUUUCCCCAUAACCCUUAAUUCCCUUACUAUGUAAAAACCUAUCUAACUGUAUCUUAAAUAUAUUUAGUGAAAAAGCCUCAGUUGCUUCCCUGGGCAGAGAAUUCCACAGAUUCACCACUCUGGGGAAAAAAACAGUUUAUCCUCAGCUCCAUCCUAAAUCUUCUCCCCUGAAUCUUGAGGCAAUGUCCACUAAUUCUAGUCUCACCUACCAAUGGAAACAACUUUCCUACUUCUAUCUUAUCUAUCCCUUUCAAAGUUUCUAUAAGAUCCCUUCUCAUUCUUCUGAAUUCCAGAGAGUAUAGUCCCAGGGCGACUCAAUCUCUCCUCAUAGGCUAACCCCUUCACCUUUAUAAUCAACCUGGUGAACCUCCUCUGCACUGCCUCCAAAGCCAAUAUAUACUUCCUCAAGUAUAGAGACCAGAACUGCUCACAACACUCCAGGUGCGGCCUCACCAGUACCCUGUGUAGUUGCAGCAUGACCUCCCUGCUCUUGAAUUCAAUCCCUCUAGCAAUGAAGGCCAACAUUCCGUUUACCUUCUUAAUAACCUGUUGCACCCGCAAGCCAACUUUUUGCGAUUCAUGCACAAACACUCUCAAAUCCCUCUGCACAACAGCAUUCUGCAAUCUUUCACUAUUUAAAUAAUAAUCCGCUCUUCUAUUUUUCCUUCCAAAGUAGAUGAUCUCACAUUUACCAACGUUGUAUUCCAUCUGCCAGACCUUGGCCCACUCACUUAACCUAUCUAUAUCCCUCUGUAGACUCUCCACAUCCUCUAUACAAUUUGCUUUUCCACUCAGUUUAGUGUCAUGAGCAAAUUUUGCUAUGUUACACUCAGUCCCCUCUUCCAAAUCAUUGAUGUAAAUGGUAAACAGCUGCGGGCCCAGCACUGACCCCUGCAGCACCCCACUCACCACUGACCGGAGAAACACACAUUUAUAGCAAUUCUCUGCCUUCUACUGGUUAACCAAUCCACUUCCUCUAAUUCCAUGCAUCCGUAUCUUAUUUAUAAGGCUCUUGUGCGGCACCUUAUCAAGCGCCUUCUGGAAAUCCAAGUAUAUGACAUCCACCGGUUCCCCUCUAUCCACUGCACUCAUUAUGUCCUCAAAGAACUCCAGUAAGUUUGUCAAACAGGACCUGCCCUUUCUGAAUCCAUGCUGAGUCUGUCCAAUGGAAGCACUCCUUUCUAAAUGUUUUGCUAUUUUCUCCUUAAUGACAGCUUCAAGCAUUUUCCCAACUACAGCUGUUAAGGUAACUGGCCUAUAGUUGCCUGUAUUUUGCCUACAUCCUUUUUUAAAAAGUGGCGUGACAUUUACUGUCCUCCAAUCCGCCGGGACCUGCCCAGAGUGUAGAGUUUGGUGGCUUUGGCCUAUCUUGUCAUGUGCCUUUAGUUAUUCUGUACUCAUCUCUAACAAUUGAUUCCAACAACUUCCCAAGCACUGAUGUCACACUAAAAGGUCUAUAGUUUCCUUUCUGCUUCAUCCCAUCCUUCUUAAAUAAUGGAGUAACAUUUGCAAAUUUCCAGUCAUUUGGUACAAUGCCGGACUCUAUCGAUUCUUGAAAGAUCAGUUUUAAUGCCUCCACAAUCUCUCCAGCUACUUCCUUCAGAACCCGAGGGUGCAUUCCAUCAGGUCCAGGAGAUUUAUUAGACCAUUAAGCUUCCUGAGCACCUUCUCAGUCGUAAUUUUUACUCCACUUGCUUAACUUCCUUGACACUCUUGGAUGUCCAGUAUACUGCAGAUGUCUUCCACUGUGAAGACUGAUGCAAAAUACUCAUUCAGUUCCUCUGUCAUCUCUCAUUACAAUAUUUCCAGUGUCAUUUUCUAUUAGUCCCAUGUCUACCCCUGAUUCUCUUUUACCCUUUAUGUACUUUAAAAAGCUUUUAGUAUCUAAGAUUUGGAAAAAAAAAGCAAACACCAGAGGGCAUAUGUACAAAAUUAAGGGAGGGAAGUUUAGGGGAGACAUCAGGGGUAAGUUUUUUACACAGAGGGUUGUGAGUGCCUGGAAUGACUUGCCAGGGAUGGUGAUGGAGGCUAAAACAUUAGGGGUAUUUAAGAGCCUCUUGGACUUGCACAUGGAUGAAAGAAAAAUGGAGGGUUAGGGGUAGUGUGGGUUUAGUACUUUUUUAUAAGGAUUAUAUGGGUCAGCACAACAUGGAGGACUGAAGGGCCUGUACUGUGCUGUAGUGUUCUAUGUACUAUCUUCUUUGAUAUUCAUCUUUCAUAAUUUGUUUUUUCAUUCCUAAUGACCUUCUUAGUUUCCUUCUGCAAGUUUUUAAAAGCUUCCCUAUCUUCUGUCUUCCCACUAGCAUUGGUUUCCUUCUAUGCCCUCUCUUUUGCUUUUACUUUGGCUCUGAGUUCACUUGUCAGCCACAGUAGUGUCUUUCCAUUUGAAAAUUUCUUGUUAUUUGUAAUAUAUCUGUCUUGCACUUUCCUCAUUUUUUGGAGAAACUCCAGCCAUUGCUGCUCUGCUUUUAUUCCUGCUAGUGUCCCUUUCCAGUGAACUUUGGCCAGUUUUCCUUCUAAUGCCAUUGUAAUUUCCUUUAUUCCACUGGAAUACCGACACAUUGAAUUUUAGUUUCUCUUUCUCAAAUUUCAAAGUGAACUCAAUCAUAUUGUAAUCACUGUUCCUUAACCUUAUGCCUUCUUAUCACCUCCGGAGCAUUGCACAACAGCAAAUCUAGCAGAGCUGAUCCCCUAGUGGGCUCAACAACACGCUGUUCUAAAAAGUCACCCCUUAGACAUUCUACAAAUUCUCUCUCUUGAGGUCCAGUACUGGCCUGGUUUUCCCAAUCCACUUUCAUGAUAAAAUCCCCAAUGAUUACCAUGAUUUUGCCCUUCUGACAUGCCUUUUCUAUCUCCUACUGUAAUUUGUAAUCCACAUCCUGGCUGUUGUUAGGAGGCCUGUAUACAACUGUCACUAGGGUCCUUUUACCCUUGCCAUUUCUUAACUCAACCCAUAGAGACUCCACACGUUCUCUCUUUCCAAUGAUUUAAUAUUAUUUCUUAUCCACAGGGCCACACCACUCCCUCUGCCUGCUAACCUAUCUUUCCGAUACACCGUACAUUCUUGGACAUUCAGCUCCCAAUGGCAGCUAUCCUUUAGCCAAGUUUCAGAGAUGGCCACAACGUCAUAUUUGCCAAUCUGUUGCUGAAUUUCAAAAUUGUCCAUUUUAUUACUUGUGCUGUGUGCAUUCAAAUAUAACACUUUCAGUCCAGUAUUUGUUGCUUUCUGUUCUAACUGCACCACACCUCUAUUGCCCUGUAACUCAUCCCACUGGCUGUGAUUAUGCCUCAUCUCCUGCCUGUCCUUUCUAUCAUCUCUGCUGCAUGCUAUCUUUAAUUUAUUUCUGUUUCCCCCUUCCUCAGCUCUAUCACUCCAGUUCCCAUCCCCCUGCCAUAUUAGUUUGAUCUGUCCCUAACAGCUCUAGUAAACCUGCCUGCUAGGAUAUUGGACCCCUUUGGGUUCAGGUGUAACCCUUCCUGUUGUAAUUGCUUUAACACCCAAAUAUUUGGCUCUCUGUUGUGCAGUUUCUGAUGUUACUGCAGCCAGCAUCUCUCAGUAGCGGUUUCGUUAUCCAAUCCAUUCCCAGCCAUAUGUGGUGGAACAGCAGAACUUUGAUCUCUUCUAUAGGUUGUCGGGACAUCACCCUUGAUUUGGUGGAGCUGACCUUCAAGGACCAGUACAUUGGGCGCAGCGACAUGUGGCGGCUGAAGAAAAACCUGGUUAAUACCUGUGCUUACAUUACACAGAAAGUGGAAUUUGCUGGAAUAAGGGCACAAGCAAGUGAACUUUGGGUUAAGGGUGAAAAAGUCACAUGUGGAUACAUUGGUGAAGAUACAAGGGUGGUGUUUCGAUCUACUUCUGCCAUGGUCUACAUUUUCAUCCAAAUGAGUUGUGAGAUGUGGGACUUCGAUAUCUACGGUGACUUGUACUUUGAGAAAGCUGUAAAUGGUUUCCUGGCUGACCUCUUUGCCAAAUGGAAGGAGAAGAAUUGCAGCCAUGAAGUGACGGUUGUUCUGUUUUCUAGAACUUUCUACGAUACCAAGUCUGCAGAUGAAUUUCCUGAGAGUCACCGAUCCUCUAUUCAGCAGGACCACGAGGGAAGAUUCUAUGAAGACUUUUAUAAAGUUGUAGCACAGAAUGAAAGACGGGAGGAGUGGACUUCACUACUGACAACAAUUAAAAAGCUCUUCAUCCAGUACCCAGUGUUGGUGCGGUUGCAAGAAACAGAUGGUUUUCCACAUGCUCAGAACUCUACAGCAGCCCAAGGGAACUACUUAGAGGCCAUCAACCUUUCGUUUAAUGUGUUUGAUAAGCAUUACAUAAACAGAAACUUUGACCGCACUGGACAGAUGUCUGUUGUUAUCACACCGGGGGUAGGAGUGUUCGAAGUUGACCGGCUGCUGAUGAUUCUCACCAAACAGCGGAUGAUCGACAAUGGUAUCGGUGUUGACCUGGUGUGUAUGGGUGAGCAGCCUCUUCAUGCUGUGCCCUUGUUCAAGCUGCACAAUCGAAACAUCCCUGGGGAUUCUCGUCUGGGUGACGACUACAACAUUCCUCACUGGAUAAACCACAGCUUUUACACUUCUCAGAGUCAGUUGUAUUGUAAUGGUUUCACUCCUCGCAUCAAGCUGGCAGCAAGGAAGACACCAGCAGAGAAAGGCAAGACUGAUCGAGAUAACGCCAUUGGUACCAGCAGCCCGAAGGAAUCGGGGAACAGCCUCCCGAUCCAGGUGGAUUACGAUGCAUAUGAUGCUCAGGUGUUCCGUUUACUGGGGCCUCCUCGGACCCAGAGGCCCACCUCUUUCAGGCCUGUUCGGGAGAGCAGCACCAGAAAGAGUUCCAGCUCCUUUGAUGUUUCAAACAGCCCCCCCCAGCAACGCGGGACCCAGCCUCUAGAGGAGGUGCGAAGCCAGGCCUCUGACGACAGCUCACUGGGGAAAAUCUCAAAUAUCCUCUUGAUUCCACGGCCCCACCUACAUCAGUAUGAGGUCAGCAGCUCUCUGGGCUACACCAGCACCCGCGAUGUCCUGGAGAGAAUGGUUGACUCGCAGCAGCGGGAUUCCAGUGCACCAGGCCGCUUCCACGUGGGCAGUGCCGAGUCGAUGCUCCAUGUCAGGCCAGGGGGCUACACCCCACAACGGGCGCUCAUCAAUCCCUUCGCUCCCUCCCGCAUGCCGAUGAAGCUGACGUCUAAUAGGAGGCGGUGGAUGCAUACAUUCCCCACUGGUCCCUCGGGGGAAGCCAUACAGAUCCACCACCAGACUCAGCAGCACAUGGCGGAGCUUCAGGGCAGUGGUGCCCAUGAUGCCACACACACCUCAGCAGAGCUGCUGGAGCUGGCCUACCAUGAAGCCAUGGGCAGGCGGAGCACGGCCCGGCAGGCUGCCGAUAACUUGUCUUUCCUCGGCGGUCCAGGAGCAGAUGAGUUUGCCAGUAGCCCAGCCAGCAGUCACAGUGCAGGAACCCCUCUGAACCAAGUGUCAUCCCAAGAGAACUCCUCAACUGGCCGUGAUCCAAUUCUGAUGCUGUCUGCUCCUCCUGUAGUGCCUAGUUUCUGUUGCACAGUGGGAGUGGACUGGAAGUCUCUCACCACCCCUGCCUGCUUGCCACUCACUACAGACUACUUUCCUGAUCGGCAGAGCUUGCAGAACGAUUACACUGAAGGCUGCUAUAAUCUCCUGCCAGAGUCUGACAUCGACAGAAGAGAAGAGGAUGGACCCAUAAUGUCAGCCCAGCAGGUGUUUGAAGAAUUCAUCUGCCAACGGCUCAUGCAGGGCUACCAAAUCAUUGUGCAGCCCAAGAACAAGUUGGCCAGCACCGUAGUCCCGGCUCCUCUCAGUAGCAGCCCCCUCUACACACGAGGCCUGGUGUCCAGGAACAAGCUGGAAGAGGAUGAAAUUUCGUACUGGCUGAGUAUGGGACGCACCUUUCAUAAGGUCUGCUUGAAGGACAAGAUGAUAACUGUCACUCGUUACCUACCCAAGUACCCUUAUGAAUCCGCUCUGAUCCAGUACACUUACUGCCUCUGCCCGCCACACUCAAGCACAGAGUUUGUGUCAUGUUGGGUGGAGUUCUUUCACGAGCGUCUGGAAGAGUACAAGUGGAAUUACCUGGAUCAGUACAUCUGCUCGUCAGGCUCAGAAGAUUUCAGUUUGAUUGAGUCCCUGAAGUUCUGGCGAACCAGGUUCCUGCUGCUGCCAGCCUGUGUAACGGCCACGAAGCGGAUCAUGGAGGGUGAGAGCCACUAUGAUGUCUACGGGGAGACACUGCGCUCAGAUCAGGAGGAGUGGCAGCUGCUGGAUGGCUUCAUUCGAUUUGUGGAGGGUCUGAAUCGGAUUCGGAGAAGGCACCGCUCGGACAGGAUCAUAAGGAAGGCGGCACCCAUUAAAGGUCUGCAGGUGACUGGCUCCCUACCAAGCUAUCCCACUGAACCAGCAGCGCCCCCACUGGGGAAGAAAGGGACUUCAGCUCUGUCAGCCUUGCUGGAGAUGGAAGCUAACCAGAGGAGCUUUGAGGAGCAGCAGGCAGCUGUGCAUUCUGGGAAAGGAGCUGUCUCAUCCGCCGAGAACGCUCCCCUUUCGGGGGCAAACUUAGUCAUCACUCCCACACACGUGGACAGUCCGAGGAAGGUUCAAGGAGACCAGGUGUUAAUUGGCCCUGACCAUUCAGAUUACAGUCCAGCUUUGACAGCCACUGCUGCCCCUCCAGACAGAUCAGGCAACCUGCAAAACUCCACCCUGGGGGCUGCUUCAGCUACAGCCGACCAAUCUUUGGCCUCCACUGUGGCAGAGGGCAGCAGUCAGCUGCCCUCUGGGAUCACAAGUGUACUGACUUCCUCCUCAUCUCUCACAGAGGUACUGGAGACAAUGAAACACCCAACUACUGGUAUUCAGCUGCUUCCUGAACAGAGGGGGUUGCACCCCAACUGUUUCAUCAGUGCUGAAGUGGUCCACUGGCUUAUCAGCAAUGUCGAAGGGGUCCAUACGCAAUCCAUGGCCAUCGAUAUCAUGCAGAAAAUGCUGGAUGAGAAGCUGAUUGUUCAUGCCUUUGGGGAAUCCAUGCGGACCUUUGUGUAUGGUUUCUACCUGUACCGACUCCUCUCAGACAAAGACACAGAGAAAGGGACAGUGCAGCCUUCCACUAUUUGGUACACUUCCACAAUGGACGACCUGGUGGCCUUCCAACGCAAGUGGUUUGAGGUGGCUUUCCUUACAGAAGAGCGACUUCACGUUGACAUUCCUGCCUUCCUGUUACCGUGGUUACCCAGUAGGCCAGCAUCCUAUGCAAGUAGGCACAGUUCCUUCAGCCGCAGUUUUGGAGGACGAAGUCAAGCUGCUGCCUUACUAGCUGCCACGGUCCCUGAUCAAAAGACAGUGACGCUAGACGUGGAUGUCAAUAACCGCUCGGACCGUGUAGAGUGGUGCAGUUGCUAUUACCACGGCAACUACUCACUGAGCGCUGCGUUUGAAGUCAAGCUGCAUUGGAUGGCAGUGACAUCAGCCAUGCUCUUUGAAAUGGUACAAGGCUGGCACAGGAAGGCGACCUCCUGCGGCUUCCUCCUGGUACCCGUCCUGGAAGGCCCGUUUGCUCUCCCCAGUUACCUCUAUGGAGACCCACUGCGAGCUCAGCUCUUCAUCCCCCUCAAUAUCAUGUGCUUGGUGAAGGAUGGAGCUGAGCACCUCUUUGACGGAUUUGAACCGGAAACUUACUGGGAUCGGAUGCAGCUUCUGCAGGAGGCCAUUCUUGCCAGGUUUGGAUUUGUUCAAGACAAGUACUCAGCCUCAGCCUUUAACUUCCCUGCAGAGAACAAGCCACAGUACAUACAUGUCACAGGGACCGUGUUCCUUCAGCUGCCUUAUUCCAAGCGCAAGCUGACGAGUGGCCAGCAGAGACGGCGGAGGAAUUCCACCAGCUCCAGCACCCAGAGCCUCUUCGGUGAGGAGAAGAUUGGCUAUAACUGGGCCUACAACACCAUGUUGACCAAAACUUGGCGAUCCAGUGCCACCGGGGAUGAGAAAUUCGCUGAUCGUCUGCUCAAAGACUUUACUGAUUUUUGCUCCAAUAGGGAUGAUCGCUUGCUUAACUUCUGGGAGAGCUGCCUGGACAAAAUGCAUUCCAGUGCACCAUAAGAAAGCAAAGCUACGUGUGUGGAUAGCUAGUCACGACAUAUGCAUCCAUUUUCUAUCUGAUGUAAGCUGGUUCACUGCCAGUUGGUAUAUGUGUUAUUCUUUUCCCUAAUGGCCGAUAGUCAAUUUCCUUUGGUGCAUCAAUCCCUCUUCUUUUCAUUGGUUGAAUGGUGAAUACCCUUAGUGCAUGCAUCCAAGCAGAGCACAUUGAGGAUGGUACAUUUUGGUGAUAUGCAAUGAUAUAGGUUCCCAUUACCUUCUGCAUUGUCUCCUGCUGCCUCUGCUGAAGUUUCCAGAACAACAAUUCCUUUACCCCACUCAAGUUUGACGUGAGUGAUCUGUUUGAUCACACUGAAUUUAGUAUUUUCUCUUUCAAAAGCCUGGCUGGAAUCCAUUUGGGCAGAGGAGGUGCAGCUUUCUGCAAUUCAAAAAAAAGAGGGGUUUUGGAAAGGUCCAGAAACGCCAAAGAGAAUUAGCUUCAUCUGCUCUCACGCCUCUCAGUGGUGUGUAGUUGAUUCCCUUUAUUGAUCAGAUCUUUCCCCAACAAACAGUAUUCAGUUUCUUGCUCCUUACAAGCCUAAUUGACUUGGUCCCCAAACUGCUACCUUAUGGAAAGUCCACAUUCUGGCUGGCAUCACUCUGCUGUUGAGCCUUUGUAUACUGAAAUAUUUACCUCUCUUGUUGAGAGGGGAAUGGAAUGACCUGACUGCAGAGUUGAACACUGCUGCUGGCACAGUCCUGCUAACAAGAAUAUUUGUAACAGUCCAGUUUGUAAUGUGAUUGACUAACACCUACACCAUCUCCUGAUUCUAUCUUUUUUGUGCAUUACCUUCCUUAAUUUUCUUUGUUAUUCUCAGUCUCCAAUACUGACAUUCUUGCCUAAGUUAAUGGUGGUGUUGGUCCAAAGAAUGGAAAUCCAUUUAUAGACUGCAGUACGGGAAGUUUCUUAAUGGCUUCUGUUGAAUUAAUACCAAAACCAAACUCAAACUCCAAUUAUAAUCAAUAGAAGAUAUAGCAGCAUCUGUCUGUACUUAUGGAUCUGCUGAAGUGAGAAAAUAAGAAAGCUAGGGGAGCAGCAAUGUCUGCAUGGAUUUCUAAGGAGUGGUUUUUUACAUUGACUUGUGCUGGCAGGACGGCCAUGUUGAACCAUAAUGGGAAUAACUUACGAUCUCUAGCAAAUAUGUUGCACAUUAUCUCAAUGUAGUCACUAAAUAAGAGGAGACAAUGGAAUAUUUGUUGGGCCAAUCCACUUGUGUGAGAAUUUAAAUUAUUACCAUAGCUGGGGACAAGCCCCCAUUGUUGUAUGGCUGUGAUAUGUGAAAGUGCCCAUUUUCUCCAAUACUCUUGUAAAGAGAAAGCUGCGCCUUUGACUCGUCCUUGGCUUUAUCUUAAUAAUUUAUAUUUGCAAAUAAAGAGGAAAAAAGAUUGUU